CGGAGCACGACCUCGAGCCGAAGAUCUCCAUCGCGAUCCCGAGGCGGCUCGCCCGCCCCAAGUACAAGCGCGUGCCGAUCGAGAAGGCUCUCUUCAUGAACGAGGAGUUGAAGGACGUUCCGAUCGAGUAUAUUCAGGACGAGGUUGCGGCGAACGGGCAGAGAUUGCUCGCCGUCCUCGAGCACGUCGAGGUACCCCCUCCUCUUCCCGUUUCCAUCCCCGAGGAGAUCACCGUCGACGUCAGCGACGGCUCUGCCGACCUCCCCUCGCACAUGCUUGCCGUCUACAAGAAGGACCUCGCCGAGGGCGAGCGCAACAUCAUCACCAUGCUCGCGGCGCACCAAUGCGUCUGGGACAUCAACUGCGCCCACCUCCCGUCGCUCCCGCCAUCAUCUCCAUCGUGCUCUGUCGUCCCGUCGCCGGAGACCCCUGCGCGCAUCACGGUCCCCGUCGUCCCUCUCGGCCUUCCCAGCCCCGAGCACUUCCGCGAGCUCAUGUGCUACAUGUACACCAAGCGGUCUGACGAGCUCCUCUCCGAGCUUCUCCCUGCUCCCCCUCCGAGUGCCGCGCAGGGUCAAGACGCGAUGGACCGCUACGCUCGCAGCCUCGCCCGCGAGUACAAGCGCGCAGAGCUCCUGAAGCGCAUGUCGCGUGUGCAGGGUGUCUGGCGGAAUGCGUGCGCCAUCGGCGUCUUCGACGAUGGCCUCUGGAGCAUGCUCGACCUCGCGUGGGACGUCUACGGCAAGGCCGUCACCACCAAUGUCCCGGAUAGACCGACGCCGGAGUGGGACGGCUCUCUCCAGGGGUUGUCUUUCCGGUGAAGCUAUCGUCAUCGCUGGGUCGUUGCUUUCCUUCUUGCUCUCAUCAUCGUCGCAUCGUUCUCCCCGGUUCUUGGGUAUCAUAUCAUUCUCAUUCUCAUGCAUGAACUAUAUGGCAUUUGUAUCGUCUAGCACUGUAUGUCGCAUCAUCAUUCCUUCCUCUCUGUCUCAAUAUGCACCCCGUACCAUACUGUAUGCCUUUACACCUACGUUAUUCUCUUGCAAUAGAAUUCGCCGUUAUGACAGAAA